AGAUAACACUAACGGCCGAAGCUAUGUUAGCCGGUUUUCGCCCGCCAGCCAACGAGCCCUCCUCAGUUCAACUGCCUUUGAACACGCCUUUCUCUUCCACUCAUCAUCCACACAUUGAGACAAGCCGCGCGCCCAUGUCCCCUCGGGGCCAUCUCCUCCAUGUUUGUGCGUACUAGCGGUGCCGAUGAUAUCCCUUCACCCCAACGCCGUCGCUAUACAUUCUUUCGUGCACGACGUUCGCCCCAUAACACUACCCGCCGAGCGGUCGCAGAUUAGCUCCACCGAGUCACAGCACUGUGCACAUGUGCGCACCAUGGGCAUUACAAAAAGCUUUUCAUCCCCGCAGAGGCGUGCAGCUCACCUGCCGAGCUGAGCCCGCCGGCCAGUCGACAGGCGCACCUGACCCCGUCCGGCCUGUCCCUCCCGCCGGACACACCAGCACAUGCACGCAGCUAGCACGCUCCUCCAUCCAUCGAUGAUGGAGCCACCCCACCCGAUUAAUCAAUCAUUCGCCAUUAAUCUCCAUCCAUCGUCGACACACAACCUUGUCACGCACGCACAGGCACAGUUAAUUAACUCGCCCCGCUCAGCUCUGUCCGUGUCCGUCGACUGUACAUCUCCGUCGCCAUCCGGCAACCCCCAUCCUGCUUCAUUUCUCGAUCUCUCCUCCUUGUGUCACUCUCCUACCUCCACCUCCUCCAUAGCUGCUGCCUCUAGCUAUAAAGGCUGGAGCUCUGUGUGCCAUGUGAGACCCCUCCUCUUCAUCGUCCUCCUAUACCCUCUAGCUUUCGCGCUCUGUCCGGCCGUCCUCCUCAUUCGGCUAAUGGGGUUCCCGGCGGUGUACUCGGAGAUGCCCAGGCUGCUGCUGAACCUCCUCUUCCUGCUGGGCCACCUGCGCCGCCUCUCCUCAUGGCUGCUCCGCCUCGUCGGCGCCGGCGUCGACGACGACCUCUGCUUCGACUACUCGGACGCCUCCGACUUCGCCGACCACCACCAGGAGCAAUACCAACACCAACACCAACACCGCGACCACGGCCUGGAGGAGCUGGAGGAGCACUCUCCGGCCGUGCGCUUCGACGCGCUCUCCGCUGCUUCCGACGGAGACGACGGCACGGCGCUGCUGCCGGAGGGCUGCGCGGUGUGCCUCGGCGACUUCCACGGCGCCGCCCGGGUGCGUCGGCCGCGCGGGUGCCGGCACGUCUUCCACCGCGGAUGCCUCGACCGCUGGGCCUCCCACGGCCACCACACCUGCCCGCUCUGCCGGGCGCCGCUCCUGCCGCCGGCGCCGGCGUCUCUGGGUCCCGUCCUCCUGCCCAUGCCGCUGCCGGCGUCGUGAUUGGUUGAGAGCAAGCUCGUUCGGGGUGCUGUUUGCAUAUAUGUUCGGCGACUAUUCUUGAGGGAUCCUGAGGAGAGGGUUCCGAAUUUAUCGCUUCCGGUUGGGUUUUUAUGCAAAAGCAAGCUCCAACCGGUGAGGUCAGAGCGCAGCAACGGCCAUUGGCGGAGAGGCGUCGAAAUAUUUUCCGAUGACCCCCUCGCAUGGAGUGGCUAUUACAGAACGACCCCCAAGGAAGGGGAUUAGUUCCUGCUUUGAGCUUUGGUUUGGCUUUGGAGUUUGGACUCGAAUGGAUUAGGUGUCCGCUGCAAAAUCCAUAUACCAAGAAAGAAGAAGAGGAGAACAUAUGUACAUCAGACUUAGAUUAGUGGAAGUAAAUAGAGGGUGAAUCCGAAUAUAUGCACAGCUUUUGCUCUGCUCACUUUUUUUUCCCUUUUCAUUCUUGUUAUAAGGUUUCACUAGACCCAGCAUUUUUCAUCUGUAUACUACUCCUUCUCAAGGGGGUUGGAGAUGCCUCCUGUUUUGCUACAUGUUUUUUAUAUAUAUUACAUGCUCUGCUGGAAAUACAUCGGAUUCAACCGACUACCCUAA